UCGCAUCCCUCACUUAAACUGAUUGAUCCAUAAAAACGGCCCCGUCAAGUCAUGUCGGUGGCCACAAGAAACCCGUUUGCACUCUUGGACGAGGACAGGCCAUCCACUCCUCCACCUCCAGCUGAGCCUGCUGCACCAGCAGCACCCGCUUCACAACCACAACAAACUCGUGCUCGUGGACGUGGAGGCCCUGCAUCUCGUGGUGGUAGAUACUACCAGCGUGGAGGCGCUGCAGCCCCUGCUACCCCUCCAACCGAUGACCAACCAGCUGCAGAGCCAAAACCAAGGCGAUUCGAUGGCGAGCGCAAAGAAGGCCGUGGAAGAGGUCGCGGUCGUGGUGGCGACCGUGGCGAUCGUGGCGAUCGUGGCGAUCGUGGUGGUCGUGGCCGUCCAUUUGACAAACACAGUCAAACCGGUAAAACCGACUCUGACAAAAAAGUCCACAACUCUUGGGGUGGCGACGAUGGCGAAACGGAGCGAAAAGUGGAGGAAGCCGCUACAAACGAUGCUUUUGCAGAGAACGCAAAUGCUGCUAGCGGUCUAAAUGACUGGGCUGGCGGAGCAGCAGCUGAUGCCCCUGCAGACGACUGGGCUCCCUCCACAGACGCUCCUAAAGAUGACUGGGCUGCUCCUCCCGCAGCAGAAGGUGCCGAAAAGCCUCAAUCCGGCGAAAAGCGUGAAAGGCGCGGUGAUAGAGAGGAAGAAGAAGAUAACACUCUCACUCUCGACCAGUACCUCGCACAACAGCGCGAGAAGGAAAACGCACUCGUCCCCAAGUUGGACGUCAGAAAGCCCAAUGAUGGUGCAGAUGAUGAUGUCUUCAAGGGUGCUGCACCCUUGCAGAAGGACGAAUCGGAGUAUUUCGCUCCGAAGGCCAAAUCGGCCCCAAAGGCUCGCACCAAGAAAGAAGAAAAGGUCUUCAUCGAGAUCGAAGCUCGCUUCGAUCGCCCAAAUCGCGGUGGUCGUGGCGGUCGUGGUGGAGACAGGGGUGGCGGAGAGCGGGGCCGUGGCGAGAGGGGUCGCGGACGUGGGGGACGCGGACGUGGUGGCGCGAACGGUUAUUCCGCUCCUGCCUCAUCUGCCGUCAACGUGGACGACGAGACUGCAUUUCCCUCACUCUCAUAGGGGAGUUGCACGCGCAUAAUAGGCGCCCCCAAGGCUGCAGAAUGCGAUGGCUUGAUUUAAUGUAUACUGACUGGGAUUGACGCCGAUGCUGAUUACAUCACAUAUCAUUUUCUCUGAUUCGUUUUGUCUGUUGUCUUUUUUUUUCGCUCUGUCUUUCUCGAGGUUCAUGCAAUUAUUUUGCCAUGAUGCAAACACAAAAGCGUCUGAUGUGA